ACAUCUAAACAUGACGUUAUUAGUAAACUAAUCCUCCUUAAUUAAUCAUCAACCCUAAUGACACAUUUCCUACAUGUAAAAACGUAGGUAACGACAUUGCCAAAACAAAACGGAGCACCCAAAGAAGAUUACAUAUCACCCAAACUUUUCUGGGCUACAAAGUCAUAGCCCUUUCUGCCUCCUUUCCUUAUCUUUCAAAAUCAAAAUUCCUUUUCUGUUCCCAAACAUCAAAAACUCACACUUGACACGUUACAACAUCUAUACACUCUUCAAUUCAAUAAGAUAUUUUUAACCAACAUGUAAAUAUAAUCUAAAACGAACAAUACCUCAAAAUCGAUGCUAUUGUGGACUUAUGUCAAAACACUUUCUAUCUUUGAAUUUUCUCUCUCUUACCAAACACUGAACUAAACACACCUUUUCUGACAUACCUUCUGUACAAACUUUCUUUGUCUUUCCCUCUCAUUUUUUGUCACUUUUCUCUCAAAAGUUUCCUCCAAAGUUUACGAUUCUCUUCUAUCAAAAUUUUCUCCCUCAUCACGAUCAUGCUUCAAAGCUUGGUCCCUCGUCCCCCUCUCUCUUCCAAACCUAAUAUGAACACCAAACGCGCUCAACGCGAACACGACGACGACGACACCAACGUUCAUGAACCAUCUUUCAAAAGACCUAACUACUCCAGCGAGAAAGCCGUGGCGGAACACGACGCACGCGACGACGAACAACAACAAAUCUUAGAACAUGAAACGGAAACCGAAACCGAAGGAGAAGAAUCUACAGGUCUCAAACUUCUAGGGCUUUUGCUUCAAUGUGCUGAGUGUGUUGCCAUGGAUAACCUCGACUUCGCCAACGACCUUUUACCGGAGAUAACUGAACUCUCUUCACCGUUCGGUACUUCACCGGAGCGAGUAGGUGCGUAUUUUGCACAAGCGUUACAAGCGCGUGUGGUGAGUUCUUGUCUUGGAAGCUACUCGCCGUUAACUGCUAAAUCGGUAACGCUAAAUCAGUCUCAGAGAAUCUUCAACGCGUUUCAAUCCUACAACUCAGUUUCACCGUUGGUGAAAUUCUCACACUUCACUGCCAAUCAGGCAAUUUUUCAGGCUUUGGACGGUGAAGAUCGUGUCCACAUCAUUGAUCUUGAUAUCAUGCAAGGACUUCAAUGGCCAGGAUUGUUCCACAUCCUCGCUUCACGGUCGAAGAAGAUCCGUUCGGUGAGAAUUACCGGUUUUGGAUCUUCUUCGGAGUUGUUAGAAUCAACCGGAAGAAGACUCGCUGAUUUCGCGAGUUCGCUCGGGCUACCGUUCGAGUUUCAUCCGGUUGAGGGUAAAAUCGGAAGUGUAACUGAACCGGGUCAACUCGGUGUUAGACCGAACGAAGCGAUUGUGGUUCAUUGGAUGCAUCAUUGUUUGUAUGAUAUAACAGGAAGCGAUUUAGGAACGUUGAGAUUGCUGACUCAGCUGAGGCCAAAACUGAUCACAACCGUUGAACAGGAUCUUAGCCAUGCUGGUAGCUUCUUAGCGAGGUUUGUGGAGGCUUUGCAUUAUUACAGCGCGUUGUUCGACGCUCUAGGGGAUGGUUUGGGUGUGGAUAGUGUUGAGAGGCAUAUGGUGGAGCAGCAGCUGUUGGGGUGUGAGAUAAGGAACAUUAUCGCUGUGGGUGGACCUAAGAGGACUGGUGAAGUGAAAGUUGAGAGGUGGGGGGAUGAGUUGAAACGGGCCGGAUUUCGACCCGUUUCAUUAAGGGGUAACCCGGCUUCUCAGGCGAGUUUGUUGUUGGGGAUGUUUCCUUGGAGAGGGUAUACUUUGGUGGAAGAGAAUGGUUCUCUCAAGCUUGGUUGGAAGGAUCUCUCUUUAUUGAUUGCGUCUGCUUGGCAACCGUCUGAUUUGAUUGCUUAUGUUGAUUGAGUGUACAUUUGAUAUCACGAUGGCCAGACCAAAAAAAUCAUAAUCAUUGUCUGAUUUUGUUGAAGCAAUGUUUUACAAAGUUACGAUGAUUCACCAUGAUUUUACCGGCAAGACCAAAGAAACACCGAAUUCAACUUGAUGAUGUCCAUAGUUUGUUUUUGGUGGUAGAGCAACUGUUGAUUAAUUUCUCUCAUGCUUAUGCAAAGUCUCUUGUCUUGAAACUCAAAGAAAGGAAAAGAAAAGGACAUAGCUGGUAGAGAAGAGAAUCUUUUAAGUUAGCGAAGUGUCAUAAGUGAGAAGUCAUUCACAUUGUCAAAUGUACCUUAUAAUUUUUUUAAAUUUUUUAUAAUAAUUGUGAAUUGAUUGGUUAAGUA